AUGUCGGAGCGGGCACGGCUGGCGGGGGUGCCGCGGCCGGUGUCGGGGCUCAACUGCCCGCGCUGCGACUCCACCAACACCAAGUUCUGCUACUUCAACAACUGCCUGCUCUCCGGGCUGCAAUACUCGAUGUUCGGCAGCGCGCCGCUGUUGGCCGACUGCUUCGACCCACAAGACCUUGGUCUUAGUUUCCCCGACUGCCUGCUCUCCGCGGACACUGGCGCCUACGUGGCUGAUGACGGUGUCGACCACAACCACCACGACCCGUUCCUGCACACCAUGGCUGGGCCGCCAGCUGCGGCAAUACCGACCACAAUGGUGGCGAUGCAUGGCAUGAUCCACCUAGGGCUACCGAGCGGCGGCGACCACAAUGGCGAGGAGGGUGGAGGACACCACCAGUUCCACCACCACCAGUCAAUGAUACCAGCCAAGGGAGACCACCACCAGCAGCAACAAAAUUACCCGAGCAGCAGGAGCAUGUCCGGGGAUAUCGCCGAUGGAGGCGGCGGCCGCUAA